AUGGACUCGUUUCCAGUGGAAUAUGUCGCUGUUCAACUGCCCGUAUUGGGAGUGUUUGGACUAUCUGCCGAAGAGACAAUACCAACGACAAUCACGUCGACGACAGGAGCUGCCACCUCUGACACGACUGGAUCUGCAACUCCAGCACCGCCAUCGCCGCUGUCCAUCAAGAAACUCAAUACAGGAGCUACAUCGACAUCACCAUCAUCGACAUUAUUCAAGAAGCAACUGUUGAACGCGCUCGUCUCAAAGAGUGUCGGUGGUGUAUGGGAUGUCACGUCAGCUCGUAACUCAAAUCAAUUUUUGGUCGUUUCGUUCGAGAAGACGUAUAGCCUACCACCACGAAAAUCACCGCCAGCGCGCAACGUGCCGAUACCUCAUUCGCCUCUCAGUCCUCUCACGUCAUCAUCGCCAUUAUAUCCAGAUGGGCUCAUGACUCCUUUGUGGCUCAAGAGACAUCGUGAGUUGAUACCGUCAGUCAUGGUGGGAUUCUAUGAUUUGUGGGAGCGGCCUUCUGCGGAACAGGCGCCUGAUCGUAAUCGAGAUCCAUUGGGUGCUCAACAAGCUGCUACUCUUGAGAGAGAACGAGAUGGGCUGUUAGCGCAGGAGAUCAAUGAUAAGAGACGCGGAGCACAAGAACGUGGCAUCAAGUUUUCUGCAGUGAUUCUUUUGGGCAAGAGUACCAAGCUUGAGGAUCCACAUACUGAAGAACGUUUAUCGUAUCUUCGUAAGGCUUGCACUUUGGAUUCAAAGCACUCCUUGUUUGCAUUACCAUUUGGAGGUGGAUCCUCAUUCGAUCCUCAAGACUUUGCAGCCAAUCUUCAAAGAGCCUUAUACGACAGUGCUCUAAACUAUUAUCGGGAGCACGGAAAACGAGUUAAGAAGAAGAAGCUGAAAUAUGCAACCACAGGACCAGUGAGAUCAAUUCCACCACCACCUACCGCUUCGUCGUUGUCAGCAACAGGGUCGCAGACAUCAUUAGUGGGAUCUCCAGCUGGUUCACCAACCAAACCGUUGUCAUCACAUGGUUGGAGUAUACGAUAUGAUUUCAAGACAGCUGCAUUCUCUGAGUUUAGACAGGACUUUGAAGGAGCUGUCAAGUCGUACGAAUCAGCAUAUCAAACAUUGAUAGAAAUGAUUCAGACCACUGUUGUUGGAGGAUUAUGGGCACCAGGUGGUGGUGGUGGAUCAGCGUCUGAUGGGAUACAGCCGUAUACGAAUAGAUGGUCCGAAGCACGGCACUUGUUGGACUGUAUUUCAUUGAAGAUAUGUCGUCUAUUGUUACAAUCAGAUCAGCCUAUACUGGCUCUAAGUCAGCUCAACAAGCACCUCAAUAAUCUCUAUGCCCUACCUGAAUUCGUGCCCACAACUACCUCAUCGUCAUUCAUAACAUCAACAUUGUCGCAAACGCCGCUGUCGCUACCUCCUCAAGGACUUUCGCAUCUAAAUAAACCACUGAAUGGUGGUUCAUUCGAGUAUUGGAGUUGGGUAUCAACUCAAUACAGAGCUUUUGGUGAAUUGAUUGAAUUAGCGACAACAAAAAUGGGGAUGAAGUUACCUGUUGGAGCACCUAUAAUACCGCCUGUAUCUAGUCCUGAUCCGAACGCACCAAACUCUGGUGCAACUCCCAUUCCUGCAUCGACAGUGAACCCGUCGACCAUAGUACAACAUGCUGGAUACUAUUAUUUGCUGGCUGCUAGAGCUUCUGAGGAGAGAUGGAAGAAGUUUAAGGAAGCCGAAAAGAACAUGGUCAAUGCUCCUCCUCUUCCUUUGGCAUUUGCACCAACUGCUUCAAGACCUGCAGCUGGACGCAGCAGCGUUAGUUCACCUUUUGAUGGUCGACCGGCUCUGGAUGGGUUAUCAUUGUCACCAGUGGUAUCGUCACCAUCACACGCUCAUGCUCUGGGUCUCGCGUUGGCUACAGAACGUCAAGUAGACCAUGCUUCAUUAUCGAUAGAACUGUUGACCAAAUCGUAUGAGCAGUUUAAACGACAACGCUCAGGAAGAACUACUCUAUUCCUAGCUUCUGAAAUAGCGAGAUUAUAUGAAACUAGUGGAAAGCUAGAAAUGGCAUUACGGUUUUAUGAACGUAUUGGUCGUACAUACCGUAAAGAGGGAUGGCCUACGGUGCUAGCUAGUGUAUUAAACGGCCAAGCACGAUGUGCGAAAGCACUAAAUAUGUGGGACUCUUUUGUCGAGUGUAGUAUAGAGUUGUUGACAGAACGAAUGAAUCUGAAUUCUAAUGACAGACUGUCGACAUUGGAAGACAUAUUGUCUGCCUUACGUGGUGACUCGGCUACUGCCGGAACCGUCAUCAAAGCUAAUGUAGAAAUGGACAUAAUCGAACCUUUUAUGCACUGCCACAUCCAAUUCAAAAAAUCGACGGGAUAUGCAGGUAGUCCAGCGGAAUAUCAGAUUACGUUGGCUGCUACGUCACCGAAUACACCUCCUGCUACUAUUAAACUAUCUCAAUUACGAGUCAUAUUCUCUGACGAGAGAUUCAAUCUGCUCGUCACAUCACCUGAAGAUGAUUCUUCGACAAACCAAGAAACGAAUCCAAUCGCCCUUGUAGCUGGCUCAACAGAACGGCAUCCUGUCUGGGUCGAUAUAAAAUCUGCCACUAGAGCUUCCGCUCCAUUCACCAUAGAUCCACAAACCAAAUUCCCAUAUCUCAAGGAAGCCGAUCUAGUCAUUCGACCUGGUGAAAGAAAAGUCUUUGAAGGUGCUAUAACACCUACAGACUCUAUGGAAUUGAGAGUUGUCCGAAUCGAGGGUAUUUUGGAAGGUGCAGCUGGUUCUGUGGUUUUGAGAUGGAAGAUUGGUGAUAGGAAUGAAGAAGCUCAGACUCGAAGACGGUGGCUGCUAUCUCAUGAAGCUGGCAGUAAAGGCAAAUGGGCGCCAUUGGAGGGUUAUGGAGAGCUGUCCAGUCUGAGGGUGAUUCGGAAGCAGCCUGCUUUGGUGGUUCGUAGUAUACAUUUUCCACCAGGGUAUCUAGAUGAGAUUUAUCCUAUAACCGUGGAAGUUGUCAAUGAAGAAGCUGUCGACAUUCAGGCAUUCUGUGAAUUUGAGAUUCGUGGUGGUGGAGCUGAAGGUUCAGAUCCAAAUACGUAUCUGAGCUCCGACCCUGACUCGUUGGCAAACAUGCCAUCUCAACUCCCUACAUCACCCAACUCUCCAUACCAAUCCACUACUCGUGCUCGUGGAAUAUCUACUUCCUCAUCACCGCCUCAUGCUCCCGUAACAACACCUCUGACACCUGUAAUCAUGACUUCCAAUCCAACCGGCUCCACUCAUACAUUGCUGCGUGGCUUGGAUUUAGGCAGACUAGCUCCAGGAGCAUCUGCACGACACACUGUAUAUAUCAAGAGUCACAGUGUACCUGGUGAACGCGCCGUCAUUGUCACUGUAUUUUUCCGACCAACUUCGUCUUCUUCUCCAUCGUCAGCUACAGAAGGAGUACAAGACAUGUUAAAUCCAGAUCUACACUUCCGUAAAGUUGAAGCACUACGAAUCAAAUUUGAUCGAGCUUUUGACUCAAAUUGGGAUGUAAAAGUAUAUGAUGGUCGGCUUGUAAAUAGUACGGAAUGGAUGCAGGAGUGCGAGUGGCAUGAAUCAUGGAUGGUUACAGGGAAUCUGAAAUGUGUAGGGCCAUGGGAUGUGGAGGUCGCGUCUGGAGAAUUGCAUCAGGAUCAGGAUAUGGAAGUAUCAGAUCUCACACCUAUAGAACCAGGAACAGAACCAUAUCCUACACCAAAGCUAUCUGUGUCAUCUAUAUCACCGCCGUCACCAAAACCUGAAACAUGGCGACCAUCUAGAGCGCAUCACUUCUUAUAUCGCAUGAACAUGUCUCGAUGUGCUGGUCUCGUAUCCAGUUCAAGGACAAUAGAUAUUGGAAGAAUGGAGAUCAAAUGGCGAAGACCAGCGCAUCAGUCUAAUGGAAUAUUGAUGCCUUGGACGAGGUCUGUUGUAACGAUACCGAAAUUGGAUUUGGCACCUGAUGGGUUGGUCGUUACUUUGCAACCCCCUUCCGACUCAUCUGUAGGCAAUCUCUUUACACUGGCUUAUAACCUAUACAAUACCUCAUCGGUUUCAUACGAAAUCUCAUCCACCCUUGAAUCAGCAGAAGGGUUGGUCUUUGCUGGUGUCAAGUCCUUGACGUGUCGAUUACUACCAUGCUCAUCAAAGACAAUCACAUUCAAUUGUCUUCCGCUCAUCAGUGGGAGAUUGCAACUGCCAAAAUUAAAGAUUGUGAUCAAGGCUGUUGGAGGUAAAGAACGUGAUUCUGGCAACACGGCUAUUAUACCUGCGCCUUCUGCAAUGAGUCUCAGUGGUGGUACGAGCGCUAUAAGCAGUGGGCAAACUAGUACAGUAAAGGAGGCUGAUGAAGUGAGAGUGUUGGGUGGUGAAGGAGGGAUUUUCGUGCGGCCGAGAUCUAUGGAUGAUAAUCCAAGUCAUGUAUAUAAAUGA